ACAGGAAAAGGAGGAAACUCACAUGUUGAUGUUACUAAUGUAGAUAAAUAACUACUGCUCGUCCGAACAGAAGUCUUCAUGAACUCUUGGUGAUCGUCUUCAGAUGACCAUGAUGCUCAGUCCAGAUCAGGUGUCUUUGAUCGGACAGGUGUUUGAGUCGUAUGUGAUAGAGCACCACAAGAGCGACAUCCAGCAGAUCCUCAAGGAAAACUCUGAAGACCUUCACUAUCCUGUAGUCGUCAAUGCCAUGACAUUAUUCGAGGAAAACAUGGAGGUCGGGGAGUGUUUCAAUGCUUUCCCCAGUGAGGUGCUGCCAAUAUUCGACAACGCCCUACAGAGAGCUGCACAGGCCAUAUCUCAGUCCUCCUCUUCCUCACCGCAGGAUACUUUUAGGCUCAAACACAACAUGCAUGUUCGGAUUUCAGGUUUACCUGUGUGUCCCGAGCUGACAAGAGAUCAUAUUCCUAAAGCCAGAGACGUUGGCCACUUUCUGUCCGUCACGGGCACCGUCAUCCGCACCAGUGUGACCAAAGUACUGGAGUAUGAGAGAGACUACAUGUGCAAUAAGUGCAGACUCGUGUUCUCCGUGCAGGCUUCCUUUGAGCAGUUUUACACCUUCACUCCACCUGCCAGCUGCCCUAGUGAGGAGGGAUGUGGUUCUUUUAAAUUCACCUGCUUAUCUGGGAGUGAUGCCCCACCGGCCGCCUGCAAGGACUACCAGGAGAUCAAAAUUCAGGAGCAGGUACAGAAACUGUCAGUGGGCAGCAUUCCUCGAUCCAUGCUCAUCGUCCUGGAGGAUGAUCUUGUGGACAGCUGCAAAUCAGGAGAUGACAUCACAGUGUACGGAGUUGUGUGUCAGCGCUGGAAGCCGAUGUUUCAGGACUGCCGCUGUGAUGUGGAGAUCGUACUGAAAGCAAACUAUAUAGAGGUCAAUAAUGAGCAGUCCACUACAGCACUGGUGCUGGAAGACAUUCAGAAGGAGUUUGAGGAAUUCUGGGACAGUCACAAACAUGACCCCAUUGCCGGCAGGAAUGAAAUCUUGAUGAGUCUGUGCCCUCAGGUGUUCGGCAUGUACGUCGUCAAGCUGGCUGUUGCUAUGGUUUUGGCAGGUGGUGUGCAGAGAAUCGAUGCGUCUGGAACCAAGGUGAGAGGAGAGUCUCAUCUGUUGCUGGUGGGUGAUCCAGGCACUGGGAAGUCACAGUUUCUGAAGUACGCUGCUAAGAUUACACCGCGAUCUGUGCUCACAGCAGGAAUCGGAUCAACUAAUGCAGGUUUGACGGUGGCUGCUGUGAAGGACUCUGGAGAGUGGCAUCUGGAGGCUGGAGCUCUGGUUCUGUCUGAUGGAGGUCUGUGCUGCAUUGAUGAGUUCAACAGCAUCAAAGAGCAUGACCGCACCAGCAUCCAUGAGGCCAUGGAGCAGCAGACCAUCAGCGUGGCCAAAGCCGGAAUGGUGUGCAAAUUGGACACAAGAACCACCAUCCUAGCGGCUACUAACCCAAAGGGCCAGUAUGACCCUAAUGUGUCUGUGUCGGUGAACGUGGCUCUUGCCAGCCCCCUGCUGAGCCGCUUCGACCUUGUCCUGGUUCUGUUGGAUACAAAAAACCCAGACUGGGACAAAAUCAUCUCCUCCUUCAUCCUGCAGAAUAAAGGAGCUCCGAGCGAGUCUUUGUGUUUAUGGAGUAUGGAGAAGAUGAGGGCCUAUUUCUGCCUCAUCAAGACUCUUAAGCCUUGUAUAACACCGGAAGCAAACGCUAUCCUGAGCCGCUACUAUCAGCUGCAGAGACAGAGUGACAGUCGAAACGCUGCCCGAACAACCAUUCGCAUGCUGGAGAGUCUCAGCCGCCUCGCUGAGGCUCAUGCUAGGCUGAUGUUUAGAGAGACUGUAACAGUAGAGGAUGCUGUUGUUGUGGUCUCUGUAAUGGAGUGCUCCAUGCAGGGAGGCGCUCUGCUGGGAAAUGUGAAUGCUCUGCACACCUCUUUUCCUGAUGAGCCCUGUGAACAGUAUAAAACACAGUGUGAGAUUGUGCUGGAGAGGCUGGGACUCUUUGAUCUCCUACAGAGGGAACUACAGAGACUCUCAAGGCUGCAGAAUGGAAAACCAGAAUCCCCUAAAAGUCCUCAAUCACACAGUGAACACACAAAUGAAAACACAACCAGUACGAAUCACAGUAACCAAGAACUCGGCCUGAACUGGUUCCACUCAUUAUCCAGCUCAUCCAACACCACCUCCAACAAUCCUCCAUCACCAGUCAUUACCUCAACACAGAACGCCACCACACCACCCGAUAUGACGAGCAAAAACCAACACCAGCAGGCUUCAGUGUGGGCGAAAAGUGCAGAUGCAUCCAUGGAAGAAGCUGUACAGGAAACAGUUUCCAAAAAGCUCAGAGGCAAACGACUGAAAGAGAUAAAAGAGACCCUCCUGCUGAGCAAAGAUGAUGAUUUGGAGGACAUCAUCGUCCACAGUACACCCAUGAAUCACUCCAAACGUAAAACCAUGCAAGACACUAACCAGGAGAGUGGAGAGGAUCUACACGGCAAAUUUACAAACUUCACUUUCAAGCCCAGAGAGAAAAUGAGUCACGAUAAUGCAAGUGCAAGUACAAGUGCUCCUGAAAAACAGAAGAAGAGGAGGAAUGAGACAGACUCUCAUCCUCCAGCAGAGGGCGGUAGAGCUAAUAAAACUCUCCGAAUGGAAACUCACAAAAACAAAACUCAUAGAGAAUCUGUAAAGGAUGCAAUGAAGCCUGAAGCUCCUAAAAAGCAGGGUGUCAAGAAAAACGAGUCAAGUUUACGUCCUCCAGCAGAUGGCAGUAGAGCUGAUAAAACUCUACGAAUGGAAACUCACAAUAAAAACAAAACACCUAUAGAAUCUGUAAGAGAUUCAAUCAAGCCUGAAGCUCCCAAAAAACAGGACGUCAAGAAAAACGAGCCAAUCUUACGUCCUCCAGCAGAGGGCAGUAGAGCUGAUAAAACUCUCCGAAUGGAAACUCAUAAUAAACCCAAAGAUGUUUCCUCACAGGUCUUGAAUGAUGAGAGUUCAGCUCAGAAACAGAUGUUUGAGGACAAAGAACAUCCACAACAGCUGCUGUCAAGACUGCAUGCUCUUUCUCCAGGUGAGAACGACGGCAGCUCUAAUAAACAGCCACCAAAGAUGGACCACCCAAAGGCUAAAGUUGCCAGCUCAACUCUGGCCAAACUUUCCAGGUUUUCUUUUACAGGCUCGUCUGAGGAGCAGGCUGAAGAUAAAACAGUACCGACUCCACCGGUGGCCGCAAACGGCGGUGUUGAUGUUGUGGCAACAGGUUCUGGAAAACAGGAGAACAUGAUAAAUAUGAGGAGAGAGAUCUCUGACAGACAGAAGGAUGAUGGAGAAUCCGCCGGAAGGAAGAGGAGAUGUUUUGAACUGGGCUCUGGAGGAUCUGCUGGACUCAUUAAAGGGUUUUCACUGUUCAGCUCGACUGUCUUAGAUGAUGAAGAUCUUGAUGAUGUCUGGAACUGGUAAAGCGAGAUGUUGUUGUUGUUGUGUGAUAGCAUUAUAUUUCUAUUUUUUAUGUUGUUGUUUUUUUUUGUUUGUUUUUUUUUAUUUACGUGAUAAUUUAAUUACCGCAAAACAAUAUAUCACAUAUAUUAGAUGAGAUCUGAUGCCACAGUCGCAGUGUAAAGAAGCUAUGUGCACUUUUUCUUUUUGUUUCAGU